AUAUGUGUGAAUAUCAAAGAGAACAUCGAUAAUAUCAGAUAGUCGUAUAUUCUUAUUUUAUCAGUCAAAGGGGUUUUAUAAAUAGAUCUACUAACAAUGUUUAUCGUUAAUAGGUCAAUGGUUUUAUAAGAUCACAAUAUAAAGAUUUUCUCUACAUCGUGUAUAAUCUAAGACUUGUACAUCUAGACGGAAAAUUUUUCCUGAGGACUGAUAGGUGUGGAAAUUGGAUAAGAUAGAUAGCAUAUUUUUUUCAUAGAGCAAGGGAAAAGAAUAUGGUCCUCGGUAACCAAUUGAAGUAAACCCAUUCUGGUAUCAUAACUGUGCUAGAAAUGUACUCCGUCUACUUUUUACACGUUAUCUGACCGAAUGUUCCAUCUAGAUGUAUAAGUCUAUUAGUCUUAAGUUUUUGUUAUUACAAAAAAAUUCUUGAAUUUUACUAAUAAUUACUUGAGUUUUAAAUCUAAUUGAAACGAUUCAGAACUAACAGUGCUUCGUUAAAUUUUAUAAAUCAAUUGAAAACACUUAAUUUCUAAAAAUAUUUAAUGCAUGUUCAUCAAACCAGUAUACACAAUUAAUUAUUAACUGUACAUUUUUUAUAAAAAAAAAUUAUAUAUUUUAUCUAUUAUUUGUACUUAUUUUUUUUUCAACUUAAUUUCAAAAAUAUUUUUAAACGACAUAUCUGAUAUAAUACUAGUAAAAUUACAAACUUUAAAAUGAUACCGUUCAAGAAAGGUAAUUUCCGAAUCGGAGAAGCAGAAUUAAAAUGUAAAAAAGUGAACUGCGAUUAUUAUGGAAAUCCUCAGUGGGAUGGAUUUUGUUCAAAAUGUUUUAAAGAUAUACAAAAACGAAAACGUCUAGAUGCUUCUCCAAAGAGAGUAAUAACUAAUAAAUCAACUAACUCAUAUAUCAAGCAAGAUGUUAAAAAAAAUUCCAUUAAUGACAAAAGGUCUAAGUUAUCUUACUUGAAAAUGUUCAAUACUAUCAAAUCAAAAGAUGAUUUAUCUGAGAAGCUUAAAAAGGAUUAUGAUCCAGUUAUUACAAAAAAACUAGAACAAUUAGACACAGAAUAUUUGGAAAUUUUAUCAGAACUGAGGGGUUUGCGUACUGAUAUCAAGAAAUUAAUUCGUAAUUUUUGUAAUAUGAUGGCAAUGAAUCAUUUACAAAGUGCAGUAGAUUUACAAUCUGAAGUUACUCAACAUUUCUACCAAAAUGUAUUGGAUAUGCUUAAUAAUAACCAUUCAUAUAAUGAUUUGACUCAUGAGAAAAAGGAACUAAUAUUAGAUUAUGUAGAAAAAUACUCUAUGAUAAAGUUGUACAAAUUUUUAUUUUGUAUGACCUUAAGCGAUGAAGAAGAAGAUUUAGCAAUUCAAAAACGUAUUCGGCAACUUAAUUGGGUCAAUGCAAAACAUCUAGAUUGUGAUAUUGAUAAAACUAAUGCACAAAUAAUUGAGUUGGUGUACAAAGCAAUUUUAGAGUUAUUAAAUAUGGAUUCAGCUACAGCUCCACAAGAUAAACUGGCUUGUGUUGUUCGAUGUUGUCGACAUAUAUUUGGUGUAUUACAAGGUGGUAAUAAUGGAGUCAAGGGACCUGCAUCUGCUGAUGAUUUUCUACCCGUACUCAUAUUUGUUGUUCUUAAAGCUAAUCCAGUGAGGUUAAAAUCAAAUUUGCAUUAUGUGACUAGAUUUUGUAAUGCUUCAAGACUUAUGUCCGGUGAAGCUGGUUACUAUUUUACUAAUUUGUGUUGUGCAGUAUCUUUUAUUGAAAAUAUAAACGCAGAACUUUUAAGUAUGAAUACUGAGGAAUUUGAACAGUAUAUGAAAGGAAUACUGGUAUCUGAUACUUGGGAUUCUGCACUUAUAAUUUGUGAAGGAAUGCAUCAAAUGUGUGAACAGUUAGCUUUAUUAGAAGACCUCAAAAGAAGAAAUAUUAGAAUUGUUGAAGAUGCAUUAAAAUUUAAAAAAGAAAUGAUAGAUUUCAAGGAUAAUUUUACCACUCAGUUUGCUGCUCUAAGAGAAGUGUACACUAUUAAUGAUAUUUCUUAUCAAGGUGACCAAAAACAAACAAUGAGUUUAGACGAUUUCGAUCCAUCUGUCUCUAACUUAACAGAUUGGCCUCUUAAACCACAAGUAUUAUCAUCAGUAGAGCGAACUCGUACAAGUUCUUCUUGUACUGAUGCUGAUUCUUGGGAUAUUCACUCUGCUGAAACUGUAUCAUUACAGUCAUUAGAGGCAUGUUCAACUCUAUCAAUGGAAAGUAUGAUUCCUCCUGAAAAUUAUGUUGAAAAACUGUCGCUAGAACCUCGUGAAUGUGAUAGAAAUGAUUUAAAUGAAAUGCAGGAAAUAUCCAUACAAGGUUGGCAAAUACCUAGCAUACCAUGUGAAACUGGAGGUAAAUCAGUGGAACAUAAAAAAAGUAACAAAUGAACUAUAUUCUUCUAAUUGAUUUAGAAAAAUGCAUGUAUUUUGUAUUAUUAUGUAUAUUUUCUUUAAGCUAUUUAAAAGAUUUUCCUAUAUGUUACUUUUCCUAACCAGUAAAUAUUUUAAUAUUUUAGUAUUCAA